AUGUACUUUAGAGAACCAAAGCCAAAGCCCCGCCGGAACAUCAUCAAAAUGGAUCCGGACUGUGCUAUCUGCGGAGCGCCUGCCGAGAUGGCUUGUGAAUGCGAAGCAAAGGGCCUCGAUGUUGCCAUGAAGCAGGCAGAAGACAAGGUCAUGAAGGAUAUGUACUUUCAAAUACGACAAUGGGUUAGAAGCCAUGCGCAAGAUCAUAUCCUAGAUUACUUCCGUAUGCUAUCUGAUCAAAGGAAGACCCAGCACUCAGAGCACCUGGAUCAACUGACCAACCAUGCUUAUCACUAUUACAAUGCGCCCCCUCACCCUCAGCAUCUUGCUGAUGCCCAGCGCACCCUGAAAGAAGGCAUCGAUGAGGACUGGAAGGCUAGCGUGGAGCUCUACCCUGAGGUCCUUGAGUAUUUCUUCAAUCUGGUAGAGCUGAGCUUACCCUCGAAUGACGAUCCUGUUGUAUCAGACCCCCCCUUCAAGGCGAGCCCUCAGAGGAAGCCCCCUCAACGCCGAGUCGGUCCCCCACCAGGUACGGGCGGCGGCGCACCAGGAGGUCCUGUUGGAGGUAGGGGAGGCAGAGGAGGAGGCGGAGGUGGGGGAGGACCUGGGAGUGCGUUUUAUGAAAACAGCCAAGCUGUAACUCCAAUGCACUACGGCAUGAAUGGUGCUAUGAAUGGCGCUAUGAAUGGCAUGGGCGCCAUGAACGGCAUGAAUGGCCGGAUGGGUGCUAUGAACGGAAUGGGCGCCAUGGGCGGUAUGGGUGGCAUGAAUGGCCUGGACGCCAGCCACCUCCCAUCGCGGACCCCUCCUCCCCCUGGUGUUGGCCGACACGAUCGUCAUACCCCCGGACCUGGAAACAGACGCUCUACU